AUGGCCAAAAUCCCCUAUUCCCUCCAGACCAACUCACCAACAAUUGCCAUUGGCACUGGUUUGGUCAGCACCACAAGGGUUCUGGCACUCAAGAACUCACGAAUAGUCCUCCCAAUCAACAAGGCCCUUCUGGAUCCAGCCAAGACUAUUUGGCAAACGCCUGGCAUCGGUCAUCUAAAUAAUUCCUCUACAGACGAGUCAGAAAGCUCAGGUGAUGAAGAGAAGCAGGAGGUAACAUCAAAUUUCAAGGAGGAAUCUAAGAUGAUAAGGGACCUCUGUCAAACUACCCAGAAGCCAUCUAAAAAUGAAACUCCAAGUAAAGGGGAAUGUCCUACCUCGACAAGUACAGAAGAAGAAGCUAUUCAGGGCAUGCUUUCUAUGGCAGGAUUGCACUAUACCACAUGUUUACCAGGUCAUAUACAAAGCACAGACUGCACAGAUAAAAGAACCUCUCAUCAGGAACACAGAAGUUACCCCAGAAGUAAGCAUAAGGACAGGCAGCCAUCCCAGAGUCAUAAAACAGAAUGUGGUAAGCACACGAGGGAAGAGGAAAGAAGCAUGGGGACUUCAAUAUGGGCAAGACAGCUAAAUGCAGCUUCCAGGGUUACCCCUCAGGAUACAAGUAAAGCUCAGAAAUAUAUUAAGAAGGAGGGUGCAUCAGAAGCUAGUCAUAAGGUUCAGGAGAAUAGAAAUUUUACACACAGCAAUGGCUUGAGCUUCCAACAUGGCAAGUGCACGCGGGACUCGACCCUGAUCCAAGGGGAGUGUCGGUUGAGUGACGGCAGCCUCAGCCCUGAUAGGCCAUAUGGUGAGACAUCCUUGUCUAUACCCCUUCACCCAACCAAGAGGCCGGCGUCAAAUCCACCCCCUAUCAGCAACCAGGCCACAAAAGGCAAGCGUCCAAAGAAAGGAAUGGCAACUGCCAAACAGCGCCUUGGGAAGAUCCUUAAGCUGAACCGAAAUGGCCAUGCACGCUUCUUUGUUUGAUGUAGCUGCUACUACUGCUGCUGCUGCUGUCUUUCCUUCACAGCCAGUAUUGAGGGCAGCAGAGCCUGGAGCUUCUGCUGUUCCUCUGCCCGAAGCAGACUUGCAUGUACCAUGUAGAACACUGCCUAAUGAACAAAAAAACCAAUGCUGCAUUUUCACUGUGCCACACCCGCUCAGCAAUAACCAUUUGGGAAUGGGGAAAUCUUCAGAGAGACAAUGGACUGGGAAACAGUCUCUCAUCAGGGCUUGAAUAUCACUUUGUUGCUGGUAGUGUCUGAGCUAAUUCAUGAGGGGGAGAUGAUAAAGGUGGUUAUCCAUAAUUUAUUUCUGACAGAUUUUUACAACUUUUAAAUUCAUUUUUAACUAUUUAUUUGGAAGACUUUUUUGUGGGGGUUAUUAAUUUAGAUUUAAGAAUGUGAAGGUUUUUAAUUGUUCUUGAUAAUGUAUGUUUGGUGCAGUGGAGAGCCACAUUAAUGGUGAUUAGUCUGGACUCCUAAAUUUGAUAUUCAGGUUAUAGUCUUAAACAGGGAUGUGAUGCAUUAUUAAUUAUUUUUAAAUUAAGUCAUAUGAAAUCAUAUUUUAUAUUUUUUCUGCUCUUUAUAAGCUAUUGGUUGGGCUUUUGUUGCCCUGUAAGGUGCAUGCGCUCUGCCAAUUUAGUUCCCUUAGCCUCUCCCCAUUCUGUACACAUUGCUGACUCACCAAAGUGGAAAAGCAAAGACUCUUCUGUCUACAAGGAGAGCAUGAUUAUUCAAGUUCAGUAGCUAACGUCUUAAAAAGCACCCCUCCCUCAAAUUGGGGUUUAUGCUCUUCCUUCUGACAUGGUUGGUGUUCGGUCCAGGCCAUGUGAUUUUUCUCUCUUAAGGAAAAAAUAAAAUUGCUUUGAGAAGUUUUGUUAUAUACAACUUAGUUUAAAUGUUAGUACAGAGGAGAGCAACUUUUAUAUUUUCCUGGGGGAUGGGAGAGAGUGCAAUAUAAUGGGUUAAGUUUCAUAUUUCAGAAUAAUUGUGUUGGUUGAAGAAAAAAUUCUUAAAAUAUAAAUUGCAGAAUUAAGAUUUGGCAGAUGACUUCCUGUGGUGGGUGGAGGGAGCACUAAAACCAGUGAUAAUCAUUAGUGUACUUCAAAAAUGUAUUUUACUGAGGAACUAAGGAGGCAGCUGAACAUGUGCUGCUUGCAAGGCUGCACAUGAGCCACUUUCAGUCUUAACAGGUGCAUAUGUAAGUGUUGAGUUUAGUAGCUAGCUGAUCUCAGAAUGAUCAUUUGUGCCAUGCUUUACAUAGAGCUGAUAGUAAAUGCCAAUUCUGAAUUACCUGUAAAUAAUGUUGAUUUUAAAUUUGUAUUUUUCUGUAAUAUAAAAUUAAAUAUUUAACUUUUCAGGGUGGGCGGAGAGGGGAACAACUUUACUUGAUUCUGUAAAAAGGGCAUUUUGCAGGGUCCAGCCAAAAGUAAAACAUUGAUGUGCUGGGGAUACCAUCCUGUAUAGUGAGAGUGAAAAGGCUUGGCUUAGCUAUCCAAUUUAUUGUUUUGUCUUAACUUCACUCAGUUUGCCUGUCCUCCAUAUUCUGUCCUGGAUAGCUUCUUCCUGCUGUGCUUAAAAACAAAUUCAACUGUACCUUCCUGAUUUACAUGUAGCUAUAUCCGUGUAUACAGUUAGAUUAAAGAUCAGAACUAGCUAGGUGAGGGCCAUCCCAUUUCUGGAUGAGGAAAAAAUCAAAAUAUAACAUGGGUAUGCAUUGGGCAAAUAGCAUUCAUGAUUUUUCUUUUUCCAGAACUUGCAAAUUGUUUUUCUCUUCGUCCCUGCCCAGCUUUUGAUUUGAAAGUAGUGUAGACAUCAGAGUUAAUUGAUUUUGCUAACCCAUAGCCAAAAACAUGUUGGAUGACAGGGAGCAGUUACUCUACAGGUUUCAAAAGUGACCAGAAAUAAUAAUGUUCUCAGGCAAGAAAUUUUCCAGUCAGUAAUGAUGAGAGGAAAAAAUACUUUCAACAUUCAGUAUGAAAUUUUAAUUCUAUCUUCUGAUAUAUUCUCAUGGAAAUAUUUGAUAAAUAUGUAGCAUGUUAUCAAUACUGGUUUAAAUUUAUAAGAAAAAAGCUCACCUCUGAUCUGUUUGUGUCUGCUCAAGGGAAACCAGGUCAUACCUGCCAGGCUUUGAGUAACUGGGUCAGUUCUGGCAAACCAAACCGAACUGCUUUUCUCUUACUGGCUAUCUUUUUUUUUAAAUAUUAAUUAAGACAACAGAAGUAUUUCACAAGGGACAUCAAGCAGAAUUGGAGGGGAGUAAAGACUGUUUUUUUAAUGUAGAUUCUGAGAACACUACUCACUGAAACAGAAAUAUGUCAUAAUGGAAUCUGGAAUUAAGGAGGUUUGGAAUAUGGAACAUACACAAUGCUGCUUUCCCUGUGACUUGUCUGCAGCAGGUCUCUCUUCUAAGCCUCCUCAUUAGCAAAGUAUAUAGCUAUCAUCUUACUAGUAGAAAAAGUACUUGGCUGGACCCAUAUAUGUUUAAUGGUUAUUUCUAGUUUUCUUUCUUUUUCCCUUCUCUCCCACUUUUUCAAGGUGGCUCUCCAUUGUAGUGAGUGUACUAAUGUCUCUUCAUAGGCUGUCAACAGGCAGAGGUUCAUUUCCAUUUUCUCCUGAUUUCCAUGCUUCCAGCAGAAGUCUUUAAGAGACUAAAACUUGAUUUGGGGUGAGAGGGAACCUCAGUCAAUCAGUUUAAAAGAAAUUGUCUUGAUAAUUGAUAACAAAUGAGUCUCCUUUUGGUAGCUUGAUGAAGAGGAUGUGCUGAUCUCACUUGUUCAUGUAUUUGUAUGUUGGGAUGUUAUUAUAUUCUUGGAAGAAAACACUGUUGCACCAAGCUUUUUGUAGAUGGACUGAUCCUGGUGCUAUAGAGGUGGAGAGAAAACCUGUCUUUUCUCACAUUUCACUUUUUGGGGGGAGGGGGUAGAUGGAUAGGAGCACUGCUAUGGGGCUGCCGAGGGACUGAGCCCUCCUAUGGGAACUCAUUUUCAAGGAGGAUAUUUAAAGGGGGGGAAAAAGACAUGAAGAAUAUGGACUUUAAGAUAAAAUUACUGUACUUAUUUUUUAAACUUUCUGUUGCUAGAAGGAAAAAUUAUAUGAAAUGAAACACUUGGGGGUUGCUCUUCUCCAGGUACUCAAGUUCUUAUAAUUUUUAAAAAGAAAAAUGUGAAAAUGGAAAGACCACCUAGAAAUUAUAUCAAGGACUCUUCCAGCAACUUUCCCCUUUCUUCCUGUACUAUACUUGCUAAUAAAGCCUGGCUACAAAGUAGCCCUUAAUGACCUCUGAGGUAGAUUACCUAUGCAACCUAUAAUAUUCUUCAAGAAUUAUUUCAUGUAGAAAUCAUUUCAAAAGGGUUUGAUGUUAAGAAUGAACAAUUAUUACUUUCUGGCCACAUUUUAAGCUGAAGUACCUGUAUUAAUUUUAAUAGAGAGAAGAGAGCACAGUGUCAUGGCCAUCCUUUAAAAAGCUUCAGCUUUCCCAAGCUGUGUUCUAUGGCACAGGCUGCUUUCAUUCACCAGGGCAUGAAGUCCUACAUUUUGAAACCUUUGCAGGAGUUUAACCCAGGGCUGAGUUAUUAUCUGACUGACCCUUGGUUGGUAAUUGUAGGGACUGAGCAAGGCUGAGGCUAGAACCAAACCAUAGCUAGUGACCCCCUCUAGCCUCCAUGCCACCAAAAAUCUUAGUGUCUUUUUAAAGCUCUUUUAUAUAAUACUUCCAGACCAUUAAAGGCUGUCCAUGGCCCUGGGACUAAGCAAACCUAGAGCCGCUUUAUUUUGCAGAAGAAAUAGAAAUGAAACCAAGGCCUUACUGUUUGUGGUUAAACUGGAUUAAAAAGCUGCAACAUCCAUUUUUCAAAACAAAACAAAACAAAAAAACACCACAAAACCAUUUCUGGUUGCAAAACAAAUGGUGAAUCAUGCAGGGGGUGGGAAAUAUGAAUAGCACUGAUUAGGAAAUGCAUGUGCUUCUUCAUAAGCUGCAUUUCCUUUUGGAAAAGGACUUUUUUCUACUUUUAAUAAAAAAAUUAAGCCAUAACAGUUUCAUUCUGUGGGACGGGAGUGAAAGGGAUCACUUUAAGAGAUUAUAUUAAUAUGAAUUAUCACUUCUGCUGGGAUAUGUCUAAUUUUGUCAGUGCUUUGGCAGUUAUUUCUUUUUUUAAAAUCCAUGAAAUUUGAAAAAGGGGAUAGUUCUUGGCUAUAUUUACUAGUUUUGUAGUAAGGUUUUGCUGGCCCAUUUCUUUCCCUCUCCCUUUUCUACUCUGUCUAAUUUCUAUCCUUUUUUGUAACAUCUGUGGAAAAUAUUGGCUUGUCUGCCUGAAUAGGGGUCUCCGUGUGCAUGCGUUGGGUGUGUGUGUGUGUGUGUGUGGGUGUGUCUUUUUACAGAAACGCACUACAGUGUUGAGUAUUUGGCUGGGAAAGGGGAUGCUGCAGCUUUAAGAGCAUUUUUUCAAUUCAUAACAGUAUUUCCCAUCCUCUUUUGCCUGCAGGCAGGGAAAAUGUAUGUACAGUAUUUAUUUUCGUUUCAAUUUUACUUUAAAUUUGUAAGUUUCUAUAAGUAGCUCACAUUGGUUAUUCUAGGGGAGGACAAGUGGCUUGUUUAAAUUUGUAUUUGAUAUUCAUAGUUUCCAGUUUCUGUACUUUAAAAUAUUGAAAUUAAAAAGUUGUACUUAUGUUUUGAUUU